AUGGAGAAUACAACAACAUUAGAAGGAUUGGAGUCUGCUAGUGUAGAGAGUUUUUUCUUAGAUUCAGAUGCUCUAUCACCAACAACAACAACAAUUGUAGAAGAUAAACAAGAUACUAGUCUUCUUGUACAAGAGUCGGUUAUUACUGCCACUACAGCUGUCGUACAAGAGGCAGAACAAGAAUCUACUAAAAUAAACUCUACAACUUCUCAAGCAGAGGAAGAGGAAGAGGAAGAAGAAGAGCAUGUUGGUCAUAGAAAUAAAAAAGUUGAUGUUGAAGAUGAAUCAGAGUUGAAUGGUUCAAUUGACAAAUCAAUUGAUGCUGAAGAUGACAACAACAAGGAGACUAUAGUUGAGUCGUCAACUAGCACAACAACAACAACAACAACGACUGCAGUUGUUGAAAACACAACAGAAGAAGAUAUUUUUGGAUCAGAUAAAGAAGAGGAAGAAGAUGAAGAUAAGCCAAAGUUUACCAGACUUUCAAAGAGACGUGAAAAAAGAGUUGAAAAGGUUCAAGAUAAUGAUGAUGAUUUGGAUCUAGACGAAGAAUCAGAAGAAGAAGAUAAUAACAAGAAAAAGAAAAAGAAAGACAAGGAUGGUGACUAUGUAGUAGAAAACCAAUCAGAGGAAGAGGAAGAAGAGGAAAAGAAUUCAUCAGAUGAAGACAAGAAAAAGAAGAAAAAGAAGAGUAAAAAGGAGAAAAAGGAAAAGAAAUCAUCAUCAUCUGACAAGAAGGAAAAGAAGAGAAAGCAAAGUCAAGACAAGGAACCUAAAAAGAAAAAGGAAAGAUCGAGCAAAAAGAAAAAAGAUGAUAGUAUGAUGAUCAUUGACGAUGAAGGCGAUGACAACAAUAACAACAACAGUAGCAAUGCUAAAGAGUCUGAUCCACUCCAAGAAGUAUUGGAUUCAUUAAAGCAUCGUCGUGCUACCAAGCUCGACAUUGAAGACAUUAAAAACAUGUCGAUGGAAAUCAUCGACAAAAUGAUCGAUGCUGCUGAACGCGACACUGAAGCGAACCGCAAACGCCAACCCGCACUCAACAAGGUGGUUCUCUUGGCAGAGGUCGAGCGUAUCCUCAGCAAGGUACAAUUGUACGAUUUCUUGUGCUACGAUGCCAAGCCAUCAAUCUUUGUCGUCAUUUCGCAGUGGCUUGACCCAUUGCCAGACGGCUCGCAACCAAACCUCAAAAUCAAAACAGCACUCUUGCGUAUCCUCACCUUGCUGCCCGCCAACCGUGACGCUAUCCGCGGUACGAGUAUCGUUAGAUUCAUCCAGGCAGUGCAAAACAACGACAAUGAAUCGCCGUUGAUUAGAAAGCUUGCCUAUGAUGCCAUGCACAAGUGGUCUGCACCGGGUGACAGCUCGCGUGAAGACUCACGAUACGACGAGGUCGAAGUUGACAUGGACGCUGUCAAGAGAGCUGCUGCCGACGAAGGUCUCACCAAAAAAUUCACCAAAGAAGACUACCUUCCCAAGCACAUUAAGCAUGCCGGUUUCAUCCCCCGUUCCAUGACCAACUAUACCGUCCGUCCAAAAGGCCUCGAUCCAAAGAGUAACAUUGCCAUCUCGUCUCCACUCCGUACCAUAAAUCGUAUCGAUCGUGAGAUUGAAAAGAAACGUUUGAAACAACCAGCUCGAGGUAGUCCAAGAGCUCAUAAUGUUUCAAUUGAAGGUAGAGGUUUAAAUUUAAUGUAA